AUCAAGCCUUAGCGGCCAGUCGCGGGUGUGUUCGUUUUGUACACCGCUAGACCCCGUAGUUGCCCCUAACAUUUGUUGCAAUUCUAACAUUAUCUGAAGGCACACUAAAAGGAGACAAACAAGGUGUAAAUAAAUUACCUGCGUGGGCGCUUACUACCUUUGGAAUUGCAAAAUGCAAAAGCUGCAGGCUCUGAAGCAAACUUUCUGUGGAUUGGAUGUCGUCCAACAGCGGCUCCUAAUAGGCUCAGCCGUGGCAGCAGGGGGGAUACUGGCGUACAUGAUGUACAAGAGAAGACAAGUCAAAAGCAUCCCUCUUGGUGAAGGAUGGUGGGGAGCAGGAGAGAAGCCACUGUUAGAGGAUAACAAAAUCUAUCCUUUUAAAGUGCAAACAUCCCAUGAAGAGAUCAAGGAUCUUCAUGAGCGCAUUGACAGGACCCGCUACACUGACCCUUUAGAAGAUAGCCGCUUCCACUAUGGCUUCAAUUCCACACACCUUAAGAAAGUGGUUUCUUACUGGAGACAUGAGUUUGACUGGAAAAAGCAGGUGGCAGUGCUUAACAAGUAUCCUCACUUCAAAACUAAAAUAGAAGGACUGGAUGUGCACUUCAUCCAUGUGCGACCACCACACCGAGAGAACCAGAAGGUUCUGCCGCUCAUGCUCGUUCACGGCUGGCCGGGCUCCUUCUAUGAGUUCUACAAGAUUAUGCCUCUCCUCACAGAGAACAAGAGCGGUGUCGUGUUUGAGGUCAUAUGCCCGUCCAUCCCUGGCUACGGUUUCUCAGAGGCCCCUCAUAAACAAGGAUUUGACAGUCUUGCUGCUGCUCGAGUUUUCCUCACACUGAUGGAGCGUUUGGGAUUCUCCCAGUUUUACCUGCAAGGAGGAGACUGGGGCUCACUAAUCACCACCAACAUGGCACAGAUGAAGCCUCAGUGUGUAAAAGGUCUCCACUUAAACAUGUUUACUUCAAGAAGGGGGCUCAAAGUGUUGUUUUCCCUAAUGAUUGGUCCCUAUCUGCCCUUCCUGGUGGGCUUAACACGGGAAGAUGUUCGCCGGUUGUUCCCUUACUUUGAGAAGAACGUGUGGGACAUCCUGAGGGAAUCAGGCUACUUUCACAUCCAGGCCACUAAACCGGACACUGCAGGCUGUGGAGUGAACGACUCUCCUGUUGGCUUGGCGGCCUACAUACUGGAGAAGUUCUCCUCCUGGACUGAUCUAAAGAACAGAGAUCUGGUGGAUGGUGGGCUGGAGAGGAAAUUCAGCCUGGAUGACCUCUUGACAAAUGUGAUGAUCUACUGGACCACAGGCUCCAUGGUCUCCUCCAUGCGUUUCUACAAAGAGAACUUUAAGAGUAACCCUGACAAUAGAGUGGAUGGAAAGACAGGAAUAUUUGUGCCCACUGGACUUGCCGCCUUCCCUGGGGAGCUGAUACACUGCCCUAAAUCAUGGGCACAACUUAGGUUUCGACACAUCUACUCCUACACUUUCAUGUCUCGAGGCGGUCACUUUGCUGCAUUUGAGGAGCCCCAGCUGCUAGCCGACGACAUUUUCCAGUUUGUGAAAAAAGUGGAGCAGUCCUGCACUCACAGACCAAUGUAAUUAUGGUAAAUCUCUUUUUUAUUAUUGCAAUUGUGUUUGAUUUUGAUUUUUAAAACAAAUAACCGCUACUGAGAUCGUUUUCCCACUUUAAUAUAUUUUGUUGACUGAUUGCCUCCAAAAUUGCAUCAAUAUCAAAAUCCCUGUCAGCUUUUAAUAAAUGUAAACAUAGAUGAUACUGGCACUCCAAUUUAUCCAAAGAUUGGAUCAAAGAAAGCAGUAUAAUGCAUUAAACCUUUCAAGUUAUGCUCAUUAAAAUCAUAUUGCACUAAUAA